AUUGGUCAGGAUCCAGCGCUGCUGUGGAGCUCAAGGCAAUCGCGCGCCAAGGCCAGCGCCUGCGGCGCUCCUUCUUGCAGCUGGCGGCGGCCGCUGAGGGGGUAUGGAUUUCAGCGAGUUGGAGAAAGACAAUACAGGCCGCUGUCGCCUGAGCUCGCCAGUGCCCGCCGUGUGCCGCAAGGAGUCAUGCGUUCUCGGCGUCGAUGAAGCGGGUCGGGGCCCUGUGCUUGGGCCCAUGGUCUACGCCAUCUGUUAUUGUCCCUUGACCCGCCUGGCAGAUCUGGAGGCUAUGAAAGUGGCAGACUCAAAGACCAUGUCGGAGAGCGAUCGGGACAGGCUCUUUGCCAAAAUGGAGGAGAACGGGGACUUUGUGGGCUGGGCUCUGGACGUGCUAUCUCCAAACCUCAUCUCUACCAGCAUGCUUGGGCGGGUCAAAUACAACCUGAACGCCCUGUCCCACGAUACAGCUGCUGGACUAAUACAGUAUGCAUUGGACCAGGGUGUGAGAGUCACCCAGGUGUUUGUGGACACAGUGGGGCUGCCGGAGACAUACCAGGAGCGGUUGCAGCAGCGCUUUCCUGGAAUUGACGUGACAGUCAAGGCCAAAGCAGAUGCCCUCUACCCUGUGGUCAGCGCUGCCAGCAUCUGUGCCAAGGUGGCUCGAGACCAGGCAGUGAAGAACUGGCAGUUUGUGGAGGACCUGCAGGACCUGGAUGCUGAUUAUGGCUCCGGCUACCCUAAUGAUCCCAAGACAAAAGCAUGGUUGAAGAAACAAGUGGAACCCGUGUUUGGCUUCCCCCAGUUCGUUCGGUUCAGUUGGAGCACAGCCCAGACCAUCCUGGAAAAGGAGGCUGCAGAUGUGUUGUGGGAGGACUCCCCAGCACAGGACCUGGAAGGACCUGAGAGGAUCACCGCCUACUUCAACAAAGGCUCCCGAGCCCGCCCCCGUGCCCCCCACAGAUACUUCCAGGAGCGGGGCCUGGAACCAGCCACUGCCCUGUAGGAGGUGCCUCCUUCCUCCCCAGGCCUGCCUCCCCUCAUCAAGGAGGAUUAAAGUUGUUGAAGGAUAAGCAAA